AUGCUUAUCAGGCUGAAAAAAAGAAAGAUCCUGCAAGUUUUCUUGAGCGCAGUGGUGCUGGUUUUAUUCAUUUGUUUUGUACAUAAAGAUACGUCCUCUAGGUGGCUAUAUGGCAGUAAUGUUAAACUACCGAAUCUGACCAGAUCCAGUCAUCGAAAGAACUUUUACACAGCGUUGAUACAAGCUAUCGUGCAAGCCAAGCCAGCGGGCUCGCCCCCGGAUUUGAAUAAGCUUCACAAUGCGGAAGGAUGUACCUUUGCAGAUAACGUGGCUGCCCAUGACUCUGGACGUGACGGUGACUUGAGUUACGAAAGCUUGAGUAAAUGCUAUAGGUUGGACUCGACAGUACAAGAAAAUCUAGUGGAAAUGCACAAUCAGUUUACUGAUGUUUUAUCAGGGAGAUUGAAUUUCUCUAUCCCACAAAGAGAGGCACUUUUCCCCGAAUCUGAAGGCAUUGUUACGAUUGGCGGUGGGAAGUAUUCUGUGCUCGCAUAUACGAUGAUUAAAAAUUUGAGGAAAACAGGCACUACACUACCCAUUGAAGUUAUUAUCCCACCUCAGGACGAAGGUGACGACGAAUUUUGUAAUAAUUGGUUGCCAAACUUUAAUGGAAGAUGUCUUUACUUCUCGGACAUUGUCCCUCCGAAGCCGCUGGGAGAUCUAAAACUCACUCACUUUCAACUGAAAGUUUUUGGGCUGCUAAUCUCUAAUUUCAAGCGUAUCAUCUUCAUGGAUGCGGAUAAUUACGCAGUGAAAAACCUUGACCUUGCUUUCAACGCGACAUCAUUCCAAGAUACCGGGUUAAUCCUGUGGCCCGAUUACUGGAGACGUGUCACGCCUCCUGCCUUCUACAAUAUCAUAGGCUCUAGCAUCAACACAGGAAAAAGGGUGCGUUUUAUCAGUGAUGAUAUUUCACCAGUGUCUCGUUAUGAUUCAUUUAUCAGUAACUCAGAAGAUUACACUUCAGAGGAGAUGCAGGACCACUUCCUAAGGCACGUUCCCUUACAUGAUUUGGAUGGCACAAUGUCGGAUUUGACUUCUGAGUCCGGCCAAAUGGUGAUCGAUAAGAUUCGCCAUUUCCACACUCUGUUACUGGCGCUAUACUAUAACGUUUAUGGGCCUACCUGGUAUUACAAUAUAAUUUCUCAAGGUACUGCUGGUGAAGGGGACAAGGACACCUUUAUCGCUGCUGCCCAUGCUUUGAAUGCGUCCUACUAUCAAGUAAAGACUAAAUUCGAAUUCGAUGGCUUUUUCUACAAAAAAAACGAUUAUAAAGGUAUUGCCUUGCUCCAACAUGAUUUUGAACAAGAUUACAAACAAUACCAAAAAGCGCAGCAAAAAGUCAAAGCUGACGUUGAAAAAUUUUCCAAACUAGAUCCAGAUUAUACUUUGGACAAAGGUUUCUUAAAAUCUUUAAUGCUUAAUGAGGAUGGUACUGAUUUGGAUAUUAUGUUUAUUCAUGCCAGUUUUUAUAAAGCAGAUCCAUGGACCUUAUAUCGUGAAAACAGGUUCACUGACCCAGAUGGCAAACAGCUACGUGGCUUCAGGAAGCCUUAUCGUUAUGCGAUGGAUUUUGAAAUGUUUCUAUUUCGUGAUAUGAAAGAAUCUUUCUGUACCCCUCCAAAGAACCAAGUUAUCAAAUUCAAGUACUUUAACGAUAAACUCAAUACGCCAGAAUGGGAUAAGAUGUGCCAAUACCUAACCAACCAUCUUGAUUAUUUAGAAGCCACACAUAAUGAAUUUAUGGAAAAGAAAAACUAA